AUGGGAAUUGUAGAAAUAACUGCGCAGCAUCCUCUGCCCAACCAAUCUGAAUGUAGGAAAAUCUACAGAUAUGACGGAAUCUACUGUGAAUCUACCUACCAGAAUUUACAAGCGUUGAGAAAGGAGAAAUCCCGAGAUGCUGCUCGCUCCCGCAGGGGAAAAGAAAAUUUCGAGUUCUAUGAAUUGGCCAAGCUGUUGCCCCUUCCUGCAGCCAUCACGAGCCAGCUCGACAAGGCGUCCAUCAUUCGACUUACAAUUAGCUAUCUGAAAAUGAGGGACUUUGCUAACCAGGGGGACCCUCCGUGGAACUUGCGGAUGGAAGGCCCUCCGCCAAACACAUCAGUAAAAGUUAUAGGUGCACAACGAAGGAGAAGCCCCAGUGCACUGGCCAUUGAAGUAUUUGAAGCACAUUUGGGAAGUCACAUUUUGCAGUCCCUGGAUGGCUUUGUAUUUGCACUAAAUCAAGAAGGAAAAUUUUUGUACAUUUCCGAAACAGUCUCCAUCUACCUAGGCCUCUCACAAGUGGAGCUGACAGGCAGCAGCGUCUUUGACUAUGUCCACCCCGGGGACCACGUGGAGAUGGCAGAGCAGCUGGGCAUGAAGCUCCCGCCUGGGCGGGGCCUCCUCUCGCAGGGCACCACGGAGGACGGAGCCAGCUCAGCAUCUUCCUCCUCCCAGUCAGAGACCCCCGAGCCAGUGGAGUCCACCAGCCCCAGCCUGCUAGCCACUGACAACACCCUUGAGCGUUCCUUUUUCAUCCGAAUGAAAUCUACUCUGACCAAACGCGGCGUGCACAUCAAAUCAUCAGGAUACAAGGUGAUUCACAUAACAGGCCGGCUACGACUGAGGGUGUCACUGUCCCACGGGAGGACCGUCCCCAGCCAAAUCAUGGGUCUCGUGGUCGUGGCGCACGCCCUGCCUCCCCCUACAAUCAAUGAAGUCAGAAUCGACUGCCAUAUGUUCGUCACUCGAGUAAAUAUGGACCUCAAUAUCAUUUACUGUGAAAAUAGGAUCAGUGACUAUAUGGAUCUGACCCCUGUAGACAUUGUGGGGAAGAGAUGCUACCACUUCAUCCACGCCGAGGACGUGGAGGGCAUCAGGCACAGUCACUUGGACUUGCUGAACAAGGGCCAGUGUGUGACGAAGUACUACCGUUGGAUGCAGAAGAAUGGAGGCUAUAUCUGGAUACAGUCUAGCGCCACCAUAGCUAUUAAUGCCAAGAAUGCAAAUGAGAAGAACAUCAUCUGGGUGAAUUAUCUUCUUAGCAAUCCUGAGUACAAGGACACUCCCAUGGACAUCGCACAGCUGCCCCAUCUGCCGGAGAAAACUUCGGAAUCCUCGGAGACAUCUGACUCUGAGUCAGACUCCAAAGACACCUCAGGUAUUACAGAGGACAACGAGAACUCCAAGUCCGACGAGAAGGGGAACCAGUCUGAGAACAGCGAGGACCCGGAGCCCGACCGGAAAAAGUCGGGCAGCGCCUGCGACCAGGACAUGAACUGCAACGACCAGGGCCACAGCUCCAGCAACCCCGACAGCCGCGACAGCGACGACAGCUUCGAGCACUCGGACUUCGAGAACCCCAAGGCGGGCGAGGAGGGCUUCGGGGCGCUGGGCCCCAUGCAGAUCAAGGUGGAGCGCUACGUGGAGAGCGAGGCGGACCCGCGGCUGCAGAGCUGCGAGUCGCUGACGUCGGACAGCGCCAAGGACUCGGACAGCGCGGGCGAGGCGGGCGCGCAGGGCCCCGGCCGGCACCAGAAGCGCAAGAAGCGGCGGAAACGCCCCGGCGCGGCCAACUCCUUGCUGUACACGGGGGACCUGGAGGCGCUGCAGAGGUUGCAGGCGGGCAACGUGGUGCUCCCGCUGGUGCACAGGGUGACGGGGACCCUGGCGGCCACCAGCACGGCCGCGCAGAGGGUCUACACCACGGGCACCAUCCGCUACGCGCCCGCCGAGGUGACCCUGGCCAUGCAGGGCAACCUGCUGCCCAACGCGCACGCUGUUAACUUCGUGGACGUUAACAGCCCCGGCUUCGGCCUCGACCCCAAGACGCCCAUGGAGAUGCUCUACCACCACGUGCACCGGCUCAACAUGUCGGGACCGUUCGGCGGCGCCGUGAGCGCGGCCAGCCUGACGCAGAUGCCCGCGGGCAACGUGUUCACCACGGCCGAGGGACUCUUCUCCACGCUGCCCUUCCCCGUCUACAGCAACGGCAUCCACGCGGCGCAGACUCUGGAGCGCAAGGACGACUGAGCGCCCGCGCCCGGGCCUCGAACCGCAGCACUUUGCACCGAGCCGGUCCGCGCCCCGCGAC